AUGGCGUCCUUGGUUUAUUUUAAGUUUAAAGCCAAUGUCAAGACCGAUUCCAUAAGCUUUGACGGAUCAGCAAUAUCUGUUAAAGAUUUAAAAAACGCUAUAAGGACUAAGUGCUGUCUGUAUUCGACGGAUCUGGACCUGAAGCUCGAAGACAGUUCCGGUAAAGGUAGGUUAAUUUAUUUUAAUUAUUUUCCCCGAGAAUACACCAAAGAUAAUGAGUUAAUACCAAAAUAUACGAGCAUUGUUGUCAGGCGGGUCCCAAGACUAAAUACUGAGACCCAAAAACGGAAACCCAAUGCAUCAGAAAUGGGCCUUCGGAAGGAAUCCUUAAAAAAUGUUGUUCGCCGCGUUCUCAAACCCAAGCAGUCGGUUCUGCCGGACACCUCUAAACCGAGUUCAAACGGACCAGAGCAACAGAAUCCCAUCGAAAACAACACAAGCCCAGUCGGUACAGUCCAGGGGCAGGCGCCCAUCAAACCGGAAACUUCUGCUCAGUUACCCGAACCUCCUACCCUUGAUCAUAUGCGAGCCAGAACUUUACCCUUCCCCCCAAAAUCCGAUCCGUCUUUGGUUAACAAUGUUAAAAAUUAUUCACCUAACAAGAAAAAUCUUCCUAUUGUUUCUAAUACAACCACUGGUGUUGCGGACGCGCCUUGUGCAACAGUGAUUGGAGCGCAGGGCACCUCAGUGGUGUCAACUGCUCCAAUUUCCUCUUCCAAUCUCACUUUCAGUAGGGUCAAUGCGCCUGUUCUCCCAAGUAUUAUUGGGAAUGAGAACACGGCUCUGGUUAAUGCCAUGUAUGGGAAUAGCCUUGUUGGCAUGGCACCAGCGGCUACCAGCAAUUCACUUGCUCAGAUCGCUGGUGUCUAUCCCAACGUUUCGCUCAUGCCCUCGGGUAUCCUAUGGCCUCAGGGGGAUAUUCCGUACUUAAAUAACGUUGAUCAGAACGCUUUGCUAGGCCAGACUGGUGUGUUUUCUUCUACAUCGGAUCUGGUCGCUCCCCUAUUUGGCAUUCAGAGCAGAGCGGGGGAUGAUGUCAUCCAAGGUGGCGCGUUUCCCAAAGACAAGUUGCUAUCCAAGGAAGAAUUUUACCAAUGGAAAAUGCAGCUGAUGCAACAAUCUCGAAAAAUAAGUUCGCCGCAUGCGUCAGUCGUCCCUGAAUACGCGGCUUCAGAUACGGCAUCAUCCAGAGGGCCGACUCCCCAGCUCUCCUAUCACUUACCGUCCCCAGGCGAUGUAUCCUCUUUGUUGGAAAAUAAGGAAUUUUCAUCAUGUGACCAGAAAGCCACUCAACGGGAUCUUAUUCACAACCCAAGUCCACCUAGAAAAGUUGAAGUUGAGGAGCUCGAUGCUCGAACCCUAAGGCGUUUGAAGAAGGAACAAAAGCGCAAAUUGAAACACGAGAGGAAACGUGCUAGAAAAGCUGCUCGUGCUCUGCGGGAGGCGGAGGGUGCUGCGUAUGACGAAGCAGAUGGGGAAUUCCAUGAGCUUCCCGAUGGCGAUUACAUUGAGACAAAAGUGAAGCAUAAGAAGCGAAAACAUAAAAAGAAGAAAGAAGGAUCUGAUUGUGUCCCCAAAAAAUCUAAGAAAUCAAAAAAGCGAGGUAGUUCUCAGACAAAGCCCCUGGAGAUCUGUUAG